AACAGGGGGUUGUAGCAGCUGUUUUUUCUACAGCAGCCAAGAAAAUUGAUCUCUACAAGUCAGAAAUGUAGCAAGAUGAAGAUCUGAUGAUUUACAAGUUAAGUAUGAAUGUAGCUGUGAACUAGCUGUGAAAGAAGCCAUGAACUGCUCAGGAAUUUUGUAAUUUUGUAAAUAAAAACAAAUAUUUGAAAUAUAUUAAUGUCAUAAAUAGUGAGGAUCUGAAGUCUCUGAAAUAAAGGACCAAAAUUUUAUGUAAAAUAGUCAGAAAAGUACUUGCCCAAACUAUAUUAUAAUAUGAAACAUAGGGAUAAAUCAGACUAUAUAGGGUUAGGAGACAGUUUGUGGUAACAAGAUGACUGACUUUCAUUAUUAUACCAAGAGAUUUAUGGAUUUUCUUACUAACACAGUCAGUUUGUUCUCUCCAAUUCAAACUCUCAUCAACAAAAAUGCCCCCAGAUUUUGUACUGGACACUUGAGGCAGCUCAACAGACUCAAUUAUAUUUUUGGAUAAAUCUUGUAGUAUGCUUUUGCCACUGAAAAUGAUAACGUUAGAAUUUCUUAUAGUCAGAGGUAAUCUGAUUAAUCUGAACCAUAUGAAAUAGGCAGUUAAACCAGCAUUGGCAUCUUUCAUCAGUGAAUGAAACUGAUGGUUAUGUGGUUAUGUUGAAGGGGGCAAAAACUAAAUAUGUAAAGAAAAACAACAGAAGAUGGCAGCAGUGCACUUUGAGCCUGCAUGACAGCUUCCAUUGACAAGCAAGAAGUAGAUGAGAAACAUGAAUUUUUUCUCCCCCCCCUAAGUCAGGGCUUACAGGCAGAGAAACACACAGGGGCUUUUUGCCUUUCGAUAAACUCCAUCGUCAAAUAUCUGACAGCAUAGAUAGUUAUGUUUACUGGUAGAGUCAUGACAUGGUUCAAAGGGUCACAGUCUGUAAAUCCUUACGAAAUAAUCUGUAUUUGUGUACAGUGUGAGGACAAGAGCUGCCUGCGACGCAUAACUCAGGGUGAAAUUUACACAAUACAUAUGAGUCCACUGUUCCACUCAAACUCAACAAGCUAGGAAACGUUACUGUUGACUACCUGACGAGAACUGAAAGAAAGUAACACACGACCGACAGCACCACCAAAAUGAACCAUUUUACUCCAGAGGCAGUGGGUCUUGACCCUGCCGUGCUGAGAGACCAACUCUUCGAGCUAUGGAACCGGAAAGAUCUGCAGACGCUACAUCUGGCAGCCCGUCAUGGAUUUUCAAAGCUGUCUGAGCCUCUGGAGUCUUUACUAACAAUCCUGGAGGGCUGUCCAGGCAAACAGAAGGGCCGAAGCCACACCCUUGGUCAUCACAUCCUCAUGGAAUUCCAGACGUGGAUAAAGGAACAUCCUCAGGUGACUCUGAGCUCACUCCCAGAGCAGCAAGCAAUAGCACUUCAACGGCGGGCUCUGAGCCUACUAACAGAUACCCAGCCCAGCUUUGUAGACGGCCUCAUAAGCAUCUACCAACUCAAUACCCUGGAUCCAGCCACACUCCGACUGAACAUCGUGAGGCUGCAGGCUCUUCACUGCUACAAAGAGGCAGCAGUGCUCAGCAUAAAGCUGAACUUACAGGAAGAAGUGAAUAUGGAGGAGAUAUGUGUACCACUGAUCUUGCAGAAUAAGUUGCCACUGGCAGAGUCCUUCGUCACAGGCCACAGUCAUCUAGAACAACGACUGGUCACACUGCUCGACUCGUGGUGUCACCCCAGCUUCAGUGGCGAAGAGAUAAGCAGGCAGUUCCCUCACUGCUCUGUGACCAAACAGUGCAUGAGCCAGAUCCACCCCAAGUUGCUCACCAAACAUGUCUACAGACUCAUGGAGAGGUUCAACAUUGACCAAGGACUGUGUCCCAACGCUCUACACAAGAGGAGGCUGGACUCUUUACGUUUCCUCAUGUACAAGAGGUUUGUGGAGAAAAGCAUGACAGAGGAGAACUGGAGCGACCAUGUACAGUACGUUGUGGCAGAUGACUCUGAGCUGCAGAUCCUGUUAGUGGAGAUGUUGGUGAAGUACUGUGGUCUACAGAAAGCCUCUCAGUGGUCACUGAGAUACAACAUCCCCAGGAAUCGACUUCCCUGUGGGGUAUGGGAAACUCAGUGGAGUCUACCACCUGAUCUACAACAGAUAGGUCUGAGUGGUUCAGCACAAGCUGAGGGGUGGAUACCGUCUCAGUCUCACCGUCAGAAGUUCUACCAGGUGCCGCUCACCAAGGACAAGGUUCAUUUUGUGGACUCGCUGGAAACUCUUCAGAGAUGUCGAAACAUUGUGCUGAAGGAAGGUGGUAUAGUAGGAGUUGACAUGGAGUGGCAGCCCACAUUUGGCUGCAUCUCAACUCAGAAAGUUGCCCUGAUACAACUUGCAGUUUCGGACCAGGUUUUCUUAUUAGACCUUUGUGUAAAUGGAUUCUGUCAACACCCAGACACUAUCAGUUUCAUCAGGAGCUUGUUCUCUGACAGAAACAUCCUUAAACUGGGUUAUGGUAUGUCAGGGGAUCUCAAGUGUCUCUUGGCCACCUGGCACCAGCUUUUAGAGGAGCCACUGCAGAUGGAGGGGAUGCUUGAUCUUCUUAAUAUACACCAAAAGAUCCAGCGUAGAAAGGUCAACAGGGCACAAAAUGGACCUAAAGAGGUGCUGGUAGGAGAGGACUCUGCAGAGAAGGGCCUCAGUCUGCUGGUACAACAGGUCCUUGGAAGGCCCCUCGACAAGACAGAGCAGAUGUCCAACUGGGAGAAACGGCCACUGCGCAUCAGCCAAAUUAGAUAUGCAGUGGCAGAUGCCCACUGUUUGCUGGAUGUGUUCUCUGUCCUCUCCAGCAACCCAGUAUACUUCGGGCUGCCAGCUGACUUGCGCAGCUUCUCGUCAAGCCAGUCAGAGAAAAGUGGAGAUGAGAAGCAGAAGGAGAAACAAGCCAAGCAGAUGAAACAGGCCCAUGGCAACGAGGAAUGUCAGGGGGCUCAAAGGGUCAGUCCCCCUCGCUCCGACACAGAGAAAGGCCUCCUGUGUGGCGAGAAGCCCUCAGAAGACAGCCCCCCGAUGCCCCCCCAGCAGUUGCGGGUGGUGUGUGACAACAUGCUGCAGGGACUCGGGAGGUACCUGCGCUGUUUAGGAGUCGAUGUGAUCAUGUUGGAGAACACUGAUGAUCACAGAAGAGCAGCAAAGUUAGCACAAGCUGAAGGCCGUGUCAUACUCACAUGUGGACAACCGUUCCAAAGUUUGCGGUCCCAGGUAGGCGAGGGUCGCUGUCUGUCCCUGGACUGUUCAGAAAAGGCCAGAGACCAGGCUGUUCGGGUCCUCCGACACUUCAACAUCCAGCUAACCCCCAGCGAUAUAUUCAGCCGCUGCCAGGCGUGUAACUGUGAUGAGUACGUGGCAGUGCCCAGGAAGGACAUGGUCAAGAUGCUGAAACAGAAAGGAUUUCUCCAGGACCAGGACAACACUGACUACACACAACAUCAGGAGGAGGAGAAGCUUGGUGACACUCUGACCCCUGGUGUGACCCCUGACUUUCCCAGGUAUGUUCAGUGUCAGUGGGCCCCCCUCUCAGGGCUGGACCCCGACACCCUGACCUUUCCCGGGGGUGCACCCGUACAGCUCCACACUGUGCCCCCUGCCCUCCUGCCGAGGAUACCGCUCUUCUACGUCUGCACCAGAUGUGGCAAGGUGUUCUGGGAAGGCUCUCACUUUGGCCGCGUCCUCUCCAUGUUUCAGGACGUCUUACAAAUAACGGAUGAGGACACUGAAUCAGCUGCAGCGGCACCGCAGGACUGACUGAUGUAGGGCUACUGCAGUUUACCAUACCCUCUAACACCAUCAUUUUAUUUUACACAUGUAGAACCUCGCAGUCAUGAACUCCAAUGACAUUGCCUCAUAUAGGAGUUUUAUUUUUCCCUUUUUUAAUUGAUUCAAUACAAAUAUUGAAAGAGGCAUAAAUUGAGAAUUUCAAAUCUCUUGAAUUAACAAAUCAGUUUAGAUGAAAUAUAAAAAUAAGCCCACUAUUCCUCCUGUGAUAAGUGAGUUAAUAUUUUUCUUAAACCGGAAUGAACAGACUUCACUCAGAGGUUGAAUCUACUAUUAACCAUCAGGUAUUAUAAUUUGACAGUCAUAUAGAAAAAAACAAAGGUGGUUUGAGAAUUUAUUUGGAUUAGGGUUUUACGUUCUUUUUAUGUGUAUAUAGUUUUGACAGUUUUAAACCUAUUGCGUUUAUAAGAGUUAAAAACUCACUGAACCAAAGACAGGUCACGCUGUGAUCACGUUUUGAUUUGGUAAUUUUUGUUGUUGAUCAUAUUCACUAGUACACCAUAUUUUUGGUGAUUAACAGUUGGGAUCGUAUUGAAAUCAUUUGAAUUGUUCCUAAAGAACACUUUUGCUCACCAGGGAUUUACAUCAGACUUUAAAGCACUUUGUUAAAGUGGAAACCCACGGCUGCAUAUAAAGAUGGACGACGCGUCUCCACUUCCUCCCACUGUAUAAAAAUGAAGCCAAAAUAUCCCGGAUACAGCUGCUUCCAUCUUGUGCCGGUGAUGUCCUUUGGAGCCAGAGUCUGCGCAGUAACGAUCUCCACGGCAUCGAGUUCCCGUCCAACCAGUAAUGAGCAGCACCAUUGAUCAUAAGCACCAACUGGCACACACAUCUGAUGUCAUUCCCCCUUUCUAUAGCAUCAAAUAACUACUUAUAACUAAACUUAGACAAGACAAAUGAAGACUUGAGCGUAAAUCUGCAUGAUAAGAACUACCUAAAAUGACAGAACCAGUCUUUGGGAAUGUCUUAUUUGACGCGUACUUUGAUAUUUUAGUUUGGCCCAUGUCCCAUCUUCUAACAUGGAAGGGUGGGAUUAAUGACCUGUACUGCAGUCAGCUACUGGCAGCGAUUGAGGUGUUCUGGCUUCAUUUUCGGGGAGCUGUCAUGUCGCCCAUCUUUAUAUACAGUCUGUAGUAGAAAUAGACUUUUCAUCACUUUUUUAGACCCCAGAAACUACCAGUUUCCGCAGUUACUGUGGCUGCUCCACCGUCCGCUAUUUCCACGACUGGGGGUAGUAACUGCAAACUAUUUACAUUGAUAUUCAAAAUCGUACCUGGUGGCGGACAGAAUUGUGUAGUGAAAGAGAGUUUACAGGGAACUGAUCUAAAUGUAGAUGGUGCCUUCAUUCUUUAGCCAUUACAUUGUGCAAUUUACUUCAUAACAUUUACUUUACAAUAAUAAGUUCAAGCUAAAAUCUUUUAUAUUUCCACUUUAAGAUUGUUCUGUUUCACACAACAGAAAUUGUUUAGAUUUAAAGCUGCAGUUAAAUAAAGUCAAAACAUGGUUCUCUGGCCUUUUUAGCAGUCUGUGGUACUGUAUAUUUUCAUUCUCUGUGAUUACAUUUGUACAAUGUUGAAUCAUUUAGCUCGAAGCUAAAUGUGUGUUAAUAAAGUGCUAUUUGUUUCAUUUA